UGUUUUCCCACCACCAUGGCCACCGCCACCGCCACUGCCACCACUGCCGCCGUCGCCACCGUGAACAAGACCCAUAUUUCAUCACCCGUCGACAAACUCUUUUGCUCUCCAUCUCAAAAGCUGUUAUCUUUAGCCACUAAAACCCUCUCUAAGCCCUACAACCACCAUAGAACUCUCACCACUUGCACCUCCAAAAACCCAUUAACCGACGUCGUUCAUUUGGGUCAACCCAACCCAGAUGGACAUUCAUUCAGGUCGUAUUUUGAUGCUGAUGAUAAACCUCGGGAAGAGUGCCACGUUGAGGAUAUAUAUGGCGACUCUGAAGCUUCUCGUCUUUGCUAUUUAGCACUUCAUGCUCUUCAACACCAUGGUCAAGAAGGCGUUGGAAUUGUAUCCGUUAAUGAUAACGUGCAUAAGUCGAUUACUGGUGUUGGGUUGGUUUUUGAUGUGUUUAGCGAGUCAAAACUUAAUCGAUUAUCGGGUGAUUUGGCUAUUGGUCAUGUAAGGCAUUCUAUUGCUGGUGCAUCUAUGUUGAAGAAUGUUCAACCUUUCGUUGCUAGUUAUAGAUUUGGGUCAGUUGGUGUUGCUCAUAAUGGGAAUUUAGUGAAUUAUAAACAACUUCAUGGUGAAUUGGAGGAGAAUAGGUCGAUAUUUAAUACGAGUUCUGAUACUGAAGUGGUUCUUCACCUUAUUGCUAUAUCGAAAGCAAGGCCUUUUCUUUUGAGGAUUGUUGAAGCUUGUGAAAAGAUUGAGGGUGCUUAUUCUAUGGUGUUUGCUACUGAGGAUAAGUUGGUUGCUGUUAGGGAUCCUUAUGGUUUUAGGCCAUUGGUUAUGGGUAGGAGAAGUAAUGGUGCUAUUAUUUUCGCCUCCGAGACGUGUGCUUUGGAUUUGAUUGAGGCUACUUAUGAAAGGGAGGUACUUCCUGGUGAGGUUACUUUGAAUUUGACGCAAGCAAGAACGGAGAUGUUCAUCCAAGGUGAAGAUUAUGAAUUACAGGACAGGAUUACUAAUGGACUCACUAUUCCAAUAAAGUUGGUUGAUGGUGUACAAGUCAAGAAAGUAAGGAGUAAAUUUACUCCUGAUGACUUGUUGGCUUUGAAAAAGAAUACAAAGGCCAAGAACAUCUUGGUUUGUGGAUUAGGACUUGCUGAAUACAAUAGGGUAUCAACAUGCACUACUACUAAGCAAAUUUGGGAUACACUGAUGAAUGCUCAUGAAGGUACCUCUCAAGUGACUGCAAUUAGGGAGGUAAAUAAGGAUCUUGAAGGCAUGACCCUAGAUGAACUAGUAGGGAACUUAAGGACUUAUGAAAUGGAAAUUAAUGGAACCAAAGAACAAGAAGCUCCUGAAAAAAUCUUGGCAUUGAAAGUUUCUGAUAGUGAUGAGGAAUUUGAACUUGACAAGGAUCCAGUUGCCUUCAUAACUAUGAAUUUUAGCAAAUUCUUUAAGAAGAAGAAGGGAAUAGAUGAAGAUGAAGUUGAUGAAACUGUAUUCAUAGCUCUUGGAGCUUCAGAUUUAGAUGAAGAAGAAGAGGGUUCUGAAGAGAAGGUGAAAAGAAACAAGAGGCAAUGUGAUGGAAAAAAGGAAAAAAUUACUGGAGUUGGAAGAAUUGGCUCAUCUAAGUCAAAUGAAUUGGAGGAUGUCAAUCUUGUGAAAGGAUUGAAGCAUAAUCCGCUGAGCAUCUCACAAUUAUGUGACAAAGGUAAUAAAGUAAUUUUCACUAUUGCAGAGGUUAAAGUCAAAAGGAUGGACACCAAAGAAAUUGUGCUUACUGCAAGGAGAUACAAAAAUAUAUAUAAAGUAGACAUAAUGGAAAUACCAGUACCUGAGCUAACUUGUCUAAGUGCAGUAGAAACUGAUCCCCUCAUUUAG